ACCACUGAAAAUGAAAGCAUGACUCAACCUGACAUAUUGAGUGAAUCCAUGCGAAGAUGACAAACUUGAACGUACCUUAACUUAUAUUUCUCUUGCCGGCAGAUGCUAUAAGAGACUAUGAUUUCUUUGGCGUGUUAAGACCUUCAUUAGAAAGUGAAGAACAAAAUUGUCACUGAUCAAGAAUGGAGCAACCGGAUGAUGACUCUGGAGUUUCACUCUCUUAUCAGCCCAAGAAGCUUGAACCUGAUAGUCACAAGCCCGAAAAUGCUGAUGAAGUGAAUGAUUCUCCAAUUGAGGAAGUGAGGUUGACCGUUUCGAUUAAGGACGAUCCGACCUUGCCCUGCUUGACAUUUCGAACAUGGUUUCUAGGAAUCACCGCAUGUGCUACUCUGUCCUUUUUAAAUCAGUUCUUCGGCUUCCGGCAAAACUCGCUCUCCUUGACGUCGGUUUCUGCUCAGAUUGCCGUACUUCCUUUGGGAAAAUUUAUGGCAGCAGUUCUACCGAAGAAAGCUGUUCGUGUCCUAGGAACAAAAUGGUCAUUCUCAUUGAAUCCGGGACCCUUCAACUUGAAGGAACAUGUCCUGAUAACCAUAUUUGCCAACGCGGGCUCGAGCGGCGUGUACGCUAUCAACAUCAUCACCAUUGUCAUGGCCUUUUAUCACCGUCAUAUUCAUCCUCUAGCAGCCAUGUUGCUGACCCUGACUACACAGAUGCUUGGAUAUGGAUGGGCGGGGAUUUUCCGAAAGUUUCUCGUUGAUUCACCAUACAUGUGGUGGCCAGCGAACCUGGUUCAAGUCUCUCUCUUCAGGGCAUUGCAUGAGGAGGAGGUGAGGCCCAAAAAAGGAUUGACAAGGCUGCAGUUCUUCCUCGUAGUCCUCAUAUUGAGUUUCGCGUACUAUGUCGUUCCUAACUAUCUGUUUCCAUCCAUAACUGCCCUAUCCUUUGUAUGUUGGAUAUGGAAGCACUCAGUCACAGCGCAAAUAAUCGGCUCCGGACGUCAUGGUCUCGGUAUUGGUUCCUUUGCCCUGGAUUGGGCUACUGUUGCUGCCUGGAAUGGAUCUCCGUUAGCUUACCCGGGCUUUGCAAUUAUAAACAUAAGCAUCGGUUUCUUCCUCACGCUAUAUGUGUUAAUCCCAUUUGCCUACUGGACCAACGCAUUCGAAGCCAAGCGGUUCCCCAUUAUCUCGUCGCACGUGUUUGAUGCUAAGGGAGUCGAUUAUGAUGUCGGAUUAGUCCUGAACGAGACAAACUUCCAAUUUAAUCAGCAUGGAUAUGAUGAUUACAGUAAAGUUCAUCUGAGUAUCUUCUUUGCUUUUGCUUAUGGAUUGAGCUUUGCGACCUUGGCAGCUACUGUAUCUCAUGUCGCUCUCUUCCAUGGCAGGACUAUGUGGCAACAAACGAAGGCAACUUUUCGGGAUAAGUUUGAUGACGUGCAUACUAGACUGAUGAAGAAGAACUAUGAUGCUGUCCCACAAUGGUGGUUCUAUUCGCUGAUGCUAGUAAUGACCGGACUUGCCAUGGUUGCUUGUGAAGGAUUUGGCAGACAGCUUCAACUUCCGUACUGGGGAGUCCUCCUAGCACUUGGUUUAGCUGUAUUCUUCCUGUUGCCAAUUGGAGUAAUCACGGCCACCACAAACCAGCAACCUGGAUUGAACGUCAUCACGGAGCUGAUAAUCGGUUUCAUGUAUCCUGGAAGGCCUCUGGCCAAUGUGGCAUUCAAGACAUAUGGUUAUAUAAGCAUGGUGCAAGCGAUAACUUUUCUCUCGGACUUUAAGUUGGGCCAUUACAUGAAAAUCCCACCAAAGUCCAUGUUCAUUGUUCAGCUGGUGGGAACGUUAGUUGCAUCUUCAGUCUACUUUGGUACGGCCUGGUGGCUCCUCACAUCGGUGGAUUACAUCUGUGACCCGUCCAAAUUGCCUGAGGGAAGCCCGUGGACGUGCCCGGGGUACGAUGUAUUUUACAAUGCCUCCAUCAUUUGGGGCGUGGUGGGACCACUCAGGAUGUUCGGCCGCCUUGGGCUUUAUGCCAAGAUGAACUAUUUUUUUCUCAUCGGAAUUCUCGCUCCAGUCCCGGUCUGGAUCCUCUCUCUAAUGUUUCCAGAGAAGAAAUGGAUAAGGCUCAUCAACAUGCCUAUCAUCAUAAGUGGCGCAGGGAAUAUGCCACUGGCAACAUCAGUGAAUUACAUAUGUUGGAUAACCGUCGGAGUUUUCUUCAACAUAUAUGUGUACAGGAGGUACAAAAGUUGGUGGGCUAGGCACAACUAUAUUUUGUCUGCUGGGCUCGAUGCCGGCGUCGCCUUCAUGGCGGUACUUUGCUAUUUCACAUUGCAGAUUAGGGACAUUAAUGGGAUGAGUUGGUGGGGCCUGGAAUUGGAUGAUCACUGCCCUCUCGCUCAUUGUCCAACCGCUCCAGGCAUUCAGGUUAAACAUUGCCCUGUUUUUCGUUGAUCAGAGGACAUCCGAUAUGCAAUGUAAAGGGGAAUAGUAUCUGUACUUCUCACUACCUGGUCACUUUUUACAGAUGCUUGUACUGUCAAAUCUUCAAGUACAGAAGAAGAAAACGACAUAGAACUUGUAGUGUGGAUAGAUCUUUCGCCCUCAUUUUUCACUACAACCGUUAAUUUGAUGAACCAAUCAGCAUCAUGAGUUAAUAUCCAUGGUGAAGAGAAUGAGAGUGUAGAAGCCAAACAAAAAAGAGAACACACCUGCUCCUGCUGACAUUAUCCUAAUAUCAGUGACCUUAACAAUCUACAUCAUGGAUCCUUUACAUCAUGCCAAUUUUGCUGUAAUUUUUGCCAGUAAUUAAACAUUAGUUGGUUUUGACAGA